GGAAGACAAAGCAGAAGAGGGAAACAUAAACUAUGAACAGUGUCGUAAUUAUGAUUUGUGGUUGAACUCAAAUGAAUACAUUAAGUAUGAAGUGAAAAAUAGUAGUGGCUGUGUACCUGACCUUGAAGCAACAAUAAAAAUGGAGUCUGGUGAAAUAUGA